UCUAACCUAUGGGUAGCGGGUAUAAAAAGUUAAAAAAAAAGCGGAAUAACAGAGAAAAAAGUUAGGAAAAAAUCUAAUUUUUAUAAAGAUAUGUGCUGUAUGUUUUUCAUUAAUAAAUCCCCAGUUCAAUACUUAACAUAAAAUAUAUGGGUAAUUCUGAUUCAACUGAAACAAUAUUAAAAAUAAAUGAAGAUUAUUCUGAAAGCUUUGGAUUAGCACUAAUGUUUUUAGAGCUAAGAUUGAUUUUGGGAACUUGUUCUGUUUUACGAUAAAAUAUAAAAAUUCGUUCAUUUCUUGAUUUGCGUACGAAUUUGUUAAUUUUUGGCAAUUAUCAGAAAAGAAAACUAAACAGAAAAAAAUUGCAAAACCAUUCGUAGCUUGUAGACUAGAGGUGGAGAACUAUCGAUAGCACUAUCGCCACUAUCGAUGGUUUAGCACUAUCGAGCCACCAACGAUGGCAGCAGACACCUUCGAUAGUGGCCCAUCCACUAUCGAUGGUGCUAUCGAUAGUGCGCUUCUUACAUCCCUAAAAAAUUUGUUCGCGCAUUUUCUGUGUCGGCGUCAAAUGCAACAACGAGGAAAAAUUUAAAAACAAGAAACAAUUAGUUAAAUUAAUAUGGAUCGCUUUUUAAAUCUGGGUAAACGUCGAGUGUCUUCAUCAAGUGCCGACAAGCCGGACUGUGAGUGCUCCUCCAGCACAGACUCUGAAAAAGAUUUGGAACCAAAUCGACAGAGUAACAAAAAGAAGUCGAAAAUUUCACAUGUUUGGAAAUAUUUUAAAAGGUCUGACGACAAGAAAUAUGCCAAAUGUCUCGAUUGUGGCAAAGAAUACAAGACAAGCGGCAAUACAUCUAACUUGCACGACCAUUUAAAAAGGUUCCAUCCUGGCGUGGAAAGAAAGAGCGCAGAAUCGAGCACACAAGUUGUACGUGCUGAGAGGAACGUCACUACAUCUACAAGCAGCAGUUGCAGAUCGAGCAUGAACUCUGUGGCGUCUUACUUUAAAAGAGCCGUCAUGUAUGAUUCAAAUUCUAAAAGAAAGACAGACAUAGAUAAAGCUCUAACUGAAAUGGUUGCCAAAGAUGUGCAGCCCUACAAUAUUGUCGAAAACGAAGGGUUCGUGCAAUACACUCAUGUAUUGGAUCCUCGGUAUAAAUUACCCAGCAAGACGCACUUAAGAGAUGUGCUGAUGCAUAAUUAUUUUACCGAAACUUCUGCCAAGUUAUCAGCAAUCCUUGUAAAUGUUUCGAAUAUCGCAGUUACGUGUGAUUUGUGGACAUCAAGUGCCAAUGCUAGUUUUUGA